GGGGCCCCUUGGGGGGGGGGGGGGGUUCAGGGCGUGUGUGUGCGUCGCUGCUUGCACAGUGGGGAGUGCUGCCGAGCGCCACGCGGUACUUUGCGCUACAGGGUAGCCGCCGCACGUACUGUGCCGGCAGCGCACUGUGGCACCAUUGGCCAGAGGCCGGCAUCGAGCGAAUACCAGGGCCCGAUUCAAUGGGACUGUGUCGUCAGGUGGCAAACCACACCGUGCAUACGCAGCAAUGCGCCCACUGCAUCCCGCCAGCGCUGCGUCCAUCACACUGUGCUGAUGCCCGGAACUGCCUGGCGCAGAGACAAGCGAUCGAGGUCCAAGCGAUGAAGCCGGACGGACUCGGGCUCUCUCGCUCUCUGGUCAGCAAUCCUUCCCCCCAGAUUAUUCUCUCCCACGCACGCACAGACGCCCUGAUGCACUCACCACUGCAUGCGCUGGCAUGUCUGGACAUGCUUGAUUCGCACACUCAAGCGCACCGAUAUUGCAACAAGCGCCGAGACAUGGCGAUGUCUGCGUCACGCCUGAGAACGGGGAGCCGUACUACAAACAGCAGCAGCGCAAACAGCAGCAAAUACAAAUACUGCUCUCUAUCGUGCACAAAAACCGCGCGUAUACCGGUCGAUGCCUGCCUCUACACAGUGUCCGUGCUAGCACCCUCUGGACAGCAAGCAUGUCUCGCUCCGUACCGUGAUCCUGAUCCCCAAGUCAAAUACAGUAUGCGCAAGUAUGCCUUGGUGGUCCCAGACUUUUGCCCCUGCAUCAUUACCAACCGGGCGACAGGCCUCCAUCCAAAAAGCCUCCACAGCGCCAAGUGCGCUGGCCGGUACCGACAGGUCGCGUGGCGGGCUGCGUGGAAGCCAAGUCACUCUGCCUUCGUGCCAACGGCACAACGUGAGAUGCCAAAUUUGCUGGCAUGGGCCCAGAUGGGAUAGACUUCCAAUCCUCGCACGGUGCUUGCCCAGGAUCUUGCCACCCCUUCGGAGGGUUAUGCCGCUGCGUGCGCUUGCUUGCACUGUACGGCAGCGGUACACAGUAGCGCCAUCUUGACGGCGCCCUUUGUUGCUGUCACAGGCCCCUCUCCCCAACGCCCAGUGCGUGGUUUGCGUGGCUAUCCCAGCCAUUCCAGCUCGCUGAUUCAAAGGGAUGAUCACUUGACUGCAUCGUUUUCGUGCCUAGUGCGUCGUCGGUCCAUGCGGGCCUAACGCGAUUUCUGUCGCCUCUGCUGACCAACUUGGUGCGAAUCCCGCAAGCGAU